GGGGGCGCGUGGGGCUGAUGGCGGCCAUCGGAGUGCAUCUGGGCGCUACCUGUGCCUGCGCCGCCGUCUAUAAGGACGGUCGCGCCGACGUGGUGGCCAACGAUGCCGGGGACAGGGUAACUCCUGCGGUCGUCGCGUUCUCGGAAAGCGAGGAGGUUGUCGGCUUAGCUGCAAAGCAAAGUAGGAUCAGAAAUAUUUCAAACACUGUAGUGAAAGUAAAGCAGAUCCUCGGGCGGAGCUCUGGUGACCCACAGGCAGAGAAAUACAUUGCAGAAAGCAAAUGUUCAAUAAUUGAGAAGAAUGGAAAACUUCAGUAUGAAAUAGAUAAUAAAUUUAUUAACCCAGAAGAUGUGGCAAAACUCAUUUUCAGUAAAAUGAAAGAAACUGCUCAGUCUGCAUUGGGUUCAGAUGUAAAUGACGUUGUUAUCACUGUCCCAUUUGAUUUUGGAGAGAAUCAGAAAAAUGCCCUUGGGGAAGCAGCUGCAGCUGCUGGAUUUAAUGUUAUGAGAUUAAUUCAUGAACCGUCUGCAGCUCUCCUGGCUUAUGGAAUUGGCCAAGAUUCACCCACUGGGAAAAGCAAUGUGCUGGUUUAUAAGCUUGGUGGAACAUCGCUUUCUAUCACAGUCAUAGAAGUAAACAGUGGAAUAUAUCGUGUGCUUGCUACAAACACAGACGAUAGCAUCGGUGGAGUUUGCUUCACAGAAGCUCUAGCGCAACACUUAGCCUCUGAAUUCCAGAGGUCUUGUAAACAUGAUAUCAGAGGAAAUCCCAGAGCCAUGAUGAAGUUAAUGAACAGCGCUGAUGUUGCAAAGCACUCAUUAUCAACCCUGGGAAGUGCAAACUGUUUUGUAGACUCAUUGUAUGAUGGAUUGGAUUUUGACUGUAAUGUGUCCAGAGCCAGGUUUGAACUUAUCUGUUCUUCACUUUUUAGUAAAUGUGUAGAAGCAAUUAAAAAGCUCUUGCAGCAAGUUGGAUUUACAGCAGAUGAUAUUAAUAAGGUAGUUCUUUGUGGUGGGUCUGCUCGAAUCCCGAAGCUACAGCAGCUGAUCAAAGACAUUUUCCCCACUGUGGAACUACUGAACUCAAUUCCUCCAGAUGAAGUUAUUCCCAUUGGUGCAGCCAUAGAAGCAGGAAUUCUGCUAGGGAAAGAGAAUCCUGUGUUAGAAGAAGAAGCACUCUUUAUCGAAUGUUCCGCCAAAGAUAUUCUUCUUAAGGGAGUAGACGAGUCAGGGGCUGACAAAUUCACAGUGCUAUUUCCAUCAGGGACACCAUUACCAGCUCGAAGACAGCACACCCUGCAUGCUCCUGGAAACACAUCUUCUGUAUGCCUUGAACUGUACGAGUCAUUGGGGAACAGUCCCAUGAAUGAAGAAGAUAAAUUUGCACAGAUUGUACUCCAGGAUUUAGAUAAAAAGGAGGAUGGCCUACAUGAUAUACUGACUGUACUCACUAUGAAAAGGGAUGGGUCCUUGCAUGUUACCUGCACAGAUCAAGAUACUGGAAAGUGUGAAAUCAUCACUGUGGAAGUGGCAUCAUAGUCCUUUUGAAAGGCAACAUUUUUCUAAGCUGAUUUUUUUCUCUUGUUGGCAGAAAAGUCAAAGUGGUGACUCUGAGAUGUCUUUAAUGAUUCUUAGAGGACUGUAAUAAACUGAUGUAAAAUGUUAAUUUGCCACCAAGUCUGUUUGGAGUGGAAAGCAUGGUGCGAAAUGUUAAUCAAGACAUGCAGACAGCAGAGCAUUGAAUUAUCAGCACCUGAUAUAAAAAAUGCAAAGGGCAAAUCCUCAUGCCUGUAGUUCAACAGCAAGCAUGUCACACAGUAUAAAGAUUUUUCCUUGGACUAAUAGGUCAUGUAGUCCUUCAACCACUAUAUUUGUGGCUUCAACAGUGUAGCAUUGAACAAGCAAGAGCUAGGCUGGUGAAAAUCCACUCUCUAAUAACUGUACCAAACUGUACUGAAAUCCUGCCUGGUCUUGAUGUUGCCUGAAACUGUGGAGGUGAUGCCCAUUUGCGCUGGCCUCUUGGGCAGGAUGGUCUUUUUUUCUGGGGUCACUGUAAGAUGGUUUUGUGGUGUUACCUGAAAAAUGUGUAUAAGGAUUAUACGUGCUUAUUUAUGUCAUUAAUAAAAUACGGGGGUUUUUAUGCAGAUCCUGGUUCUUCCAUUCUGUGUAGCACUGCUCUAAUUUGUAUGUCAUUACAGAUUUGUUUGGAUAUUACCUGGCAGCUUUUUCUGUUUUAUGUAGGGGAGUAAUAAGACACAGCGGGCAGGUGUGGUUACAGGAUUUAAUGUGCACUUAAAGGGCAGCAGCUCAGCCCCGAGGGCCAGAUGUUGCGUUGUAAAACAUUCACAGUGACGCCUCAAAAUUAGAGACGGAAACUACAGCAUGGGCUGCCUGUCUGGAUUUGCAGAGACCUGUGUUCAAUGAACUGUUUUUCUAUAGGCU